AUGAAGUCCACCGACCCCGCCCGUCCAAGCAGCCGCCGCGCUGCAUCAGGCGCAUGGAGCCGCCUCAAGCCCGUCCGAGAAGACAUGCUCGAGAGCUACGGGCUACCCAGCAAAGGCGAGACACGACUCAACGAUUUCAAGACGCAAGAAACCUACUUCAACCGCAUCAUCGAACGCUACAUGAAACUCUGCGCCCUCAACCGUGAAGAACUAGACAACCUCUUUGCCUCCGCAACAGACACAAAAAACAGCGAAGCAAGCUCCAAACUCACCAGUUCCUUCUCCUCCUUGUCCCUCUCCAAACACGCGCCUCCAGAAUACCAGAACACUAAACCACCACCCACCACUACCACUACAGCCCCCUCCGCCCACCCCAUUCCACAAAAAGCGUUCACACCUUCAAUCCAAGAACUAGAAACAGUCCUCUCCUCCCUGCGUAAACUCCGCGAAGCAAUCACAGCAUCAAACCGUUCCGAUUCCUUCGCCCUCCGCGCCUACACCUUCGCCAUCCACGUCAGCAUCCUCUGCCACGACUGGGCCUCCUACCUCCCCUCCCUCCUCUCCCUCCUCAACAUAAUCCACCCACGGAACCCGCUCCCACCAUCUACCCUCCACGAAUUCGUCGGCCUCCUAAUCCUCGAUCAAGCGUGUCGCCAAUCGGAUUUCUCGGGCGCCCGCCAGACGAAGCUGCAGUACGGGUAUAAGGACUGGCGGGUUGAAGCCGUGCUGAGAGCCCUGGUUGCGGAUGAUUAUGUGGGGUUUUGGCGUGUGCGCAGGGCGGUGGAUGGGUAUCAGAGGAGCGUCAUGGAGUGGGCGGAUGGAAAUAUGAGGGUGCAUGCGCUCAAGUGUUUGGGCAAGGCGUAUUUGAGUGCGGAUCGCCCGUUUGUGGAGAGGACGACGGAGAGGCGGUGGGAGGAGCUGGUGCAGGAGGGCGUAGGGUGGGAAUUGAGUGCGGAUGGGGAGAAGGUGAUUAUUAAGAAGCCAAAGGGGGCCUGA